AUGGCGAAUCUACCUCCAUCUCUCUCCAUGGGCACACCUUUCGGUGGUCCGAGCACAUCGACCCAGAUUUCUACCGGAGCUCCGGCGAACAAAGAUCGGAAUUUGGCCUCCGCGGAGCAGUUGGUUCUCGAUCUCAGCAAUCCUGAACUCAGAGAGAAUGCUCUUCUCGAGCUUUCCAAGAAAAGAGAACUGUUUCAGGAUCUGGCGCCUCUCUUGUGGAACUCUUUUGGUACCAUUGCUGCAUUGUUGCAGGAGAUAGUAUCAAUCUACUCUGUUCUUGCACCUCCAAAUCUGACUCCUGCUCAGUCGAACCGUGUUUGUAACUCACUCGCCCUUCUUCAGUGCGUAGCAUCUCACUCCGAUACGAGAAUGUUAUUUCUCAAGGCUCACAUCCCUUUAUACCUUUACCCCUUCCUUAAUACAACGAGUAAGUCAAGACCCUUUGAAUACUUGCGGCUUACUAGCUUAGGUGUCAUUGGUGCACUUGUGAAGGUUGAUGAUACAGAGGUCAUUAGCUUCCUUCUUUCAACUGAAAUCAUUCCUCUGUGCCUCCGUACCAUGGAGAUGGGGAGUGAGCUGUCAAAAACAGUUGCGACAUUUAUAGUCCAAAAGAUAUUGUUGGAUGAUGUGGGAAUGGAUUACAUCUGCACAACAGCAGAGCGGUUUUUUGCAGUUGGUCGAGUGUUGGGCAAUAUGGUUCAGUCACUUGUGGAGCAGCCUUCUCCUCGCCUUUUGAAGCAUAUCAUUCGUUGUUAUCUCCGUUUAUCAGACAACCCAAGGGCAUGUGCUGCACUCGGAAGCUGUCUCCCUGACUCGCUACGAGAUGGAACCUUUAGCAAUUGUCUUCGUGAAGAUCAAAUCGCAAGGAGGUGGCUGCAACAGUUGGUUCACAAUGUUGGAGUUGGUCGAGUCCCAGCACAUCAAGGUGGAGGAUUUGAGCACAUGCUUUGA